AGGACCCUGCGACCGCCUAUCAGUGAAACCUAUGAAAAAUUGCUGCUGCUUGCAGGCAAAGUAUCUACCUUUUAAAGAUGAGCCGUUUGUGGACCUGAAUCAGGAGGAUCACACUGAGGAGGGUCGCAGGGAUGUUCUCACACAACUUCAGGGAUGUUUUAUUUUCUUCAGUUUGUCAACUGUUUUAUUCGAAGCUGAGUUUUAUUUUGCGUGAAGAUCCAAGUUUGAGUGUUAAAAUGAAACAGAAUGAUUUCUAUGCAAGUCACAGAACAGAAGUGUCCCCGAGCGUCUGUCCGCAGCUGAUGCUGGAGCUGAAGGAAAUCAUGAAGCGAAGAAAAUACUGCUUUAUCUUCAAAAUAUGAAAACGCAUGUAUUCUUCUGGGAUGGAGCGCAGCGGUUAUUUCAAGCCGACACCUGCCCAUUUCGAGGUCUUGAACAGCUCGACCGGCACCAAUGUGACUUUGACACCUAAAACGGACGAAAAGCAAGAAAGUUUCGCUUUCCAAGUCACCUUGUCGUCAGUUCUGGGUCUCAUCACUCUCGCAACAAUAUUAAGCAAUGCGUUUGUCAUCGCCACCAUUUCCCAGUCCAGAAAGCUCCAGACACCGGCGAACUUUCUGAUCGCGUCGCUGGCCGUCACGGACCUUCUGGUGUCGGUGCUCGUGAUGCCCAUUUGCGUGCUGUACACGGUCACCCGCGAGUGGACCCUCGGCCAGGUCAUUUGCGACAUCUGGCUGUCCUCAGACAUAACCUGUUGCACCGCGUCCAUACUUCACCUCUGCGUAAUCGCCUUGGAUCGAUACUGGGCAAUAACGGACGCGGUCGAGUACGCCAAGAAACGCACCCAGGCGCGCGCCGCGGGGAUGGUGGCGACCGCCUGGAUCAUCGCCAUCUCCAUCUCCCUGCCGCCUUUCUUCUGGCGACAGGUGAAGGCAGGGGAGCUGACCACCUGCUCGGUCAACACGGACCACAUUUUCUACACCAUCUACUCCACUUUUGGAGCUUUCUACAUCCCUACGCUGCUGCUCAUCGCCCUGUACGGGCGGAUUUACGUGGAGGCGAGAAAGCGCAUUUUGAAGCAGUCGCCCAAAAAACCUGGCAAAAGACUCACUUCGGCACAUCUGAACACUAAUUCGCCCGCUUCGGUGGCUUCGACUUCGCCUUUGCAUUGUGGAAGGCAAGACCUUUGCUCGGACAGCGGGUCUCUGGGCAGUGACAAUCAAAUUAGAGUAACUGUGUCCGAUUCACUUCUGGAGAAAAAGAGAAUAUCGGCUGCGCGCGAGAGGAAAGCCACCAAAACCCUGGGCAUUAUAUUAGGAGCUUAUAUUGUGUGCUGGCUGCCGUUUUUCAUUUACACGCUGUUGAUUCCCCUUUGUUCGUCCUGCUUUUCUCCAGAACUCUUUGACUUUUUCACUUGGCUUGGCUACGUCAACUCACUCAUCAAUCCAAUAAUAUACACCAUGUCGAAUGAUGACUUUAAAAAGGCUUUUCAUAAACUCAUAAGUUUUAGAUGUUGCAGACGAUAGGAAAAAUAAGUAGCCCAUAAGGGAUAAUGAUCAGUCAGUCUAUCAUUAUCGCAACUGAUAUUGCGGAACUGUUAAAUGCUUGAUUCUGAUUGGCUGUCAGACGUCCAUCUAAGGUGUUGAUUGUUGCUCUGUAUCAGUCCCGCAUCACUUCGCCACAUUAAUUCAUGGACAAAGCAAAAAAGGAAACCAAUGAUAUAAAUGACAGCGACUGGAUGAAAUCAUUUACAUUUUUUUCUACACUAAUUAAUCUAAUAGCUGCAUUGCUUGUAAUUAUGCUGUUGCCUAUUAACACUGAGAGCCGCAGCAGAGGCAGGUAAUCACGCACAUACAGACACACACACACCCGCGCGCGCGCUCCCGCCCUCUCUUGUUCUCUGUCACAGACACACACACACACACACACACACACACACACACCCUUGGUCACACCAAUAACUGCUUAGAAACACUCAGAGUCUGUUACUAGUACAAAAAGUGACACUUUCGAAUUGCUAACGAUGGCUUGGUUUGUUUCUAAUCAGGAAGUAAA